ACAUAGCUGAGCGUGCCCAAGGGGAACGGGCCCGAUUCACACGAGGACGUGAGCCAGGUCAAGGGCGAGUUCCUCUUGGGCGUAGAGGCGUAGAAAACACUCCGGGCACCAGGCACCAAGUCAGAUGCCGGAGAGCCCCUGUCGUCAAGAAAUAAUCACCAGUCCUCACAGGGCAUUGAUUUUCCUGACGCGGUGCAACCCUCGGCCCUCGACCAACGCUAACUUUUGUUUCGACGCCUUGUCCUCCACGCCGUGGGAGCAAAGUCAAGGGGGAUCAUGUCAUGAUUGCCAGAGACGGUCUGUGCUGUUGUACGCAAACAAUUCAAUUUCAGUUUGUUGCUGCUGUCGCCAUCUGUCGACUCCGCUAACUAACUCGUCAAGUCGCAGCCCGGCUUCACCCGUAGCCUUCCUAGUUGCUCAUACAAAUGCCUGCCUCCCAAGACGUACGGAACACAUGAUGCUGUGCACCGUCUCAACCGGGUAUAUCGUCACCGUAACUAAUCGUACAAUCGCCCCCUCUUCCUCGCCUGCUUCCUUUUCCUCCUUCUUCUCCCUCCGCCAAUGGUGUAACAAUGCACAUUGCCUUCUGCGUGCCGAGAACGUAAGGGUCUUCGAAUUUCAGACGGAAACCUCGCUUCGAAACGUAGAUAUCAAGACAAGCGUGCCCGAUCCUGGGAAAUAAAAAAAGACAACUGACUCCCCAAACGCCGUGUGGGAAAGGUAUCGAUAGGUCGGUCCACUCCACAAAGGCCCGUCCCAGAGACAACCCCCCAAAAUAAACAAUUUCCCGCUAGAUGGUAUUGGGGAGGAGACCGCAAAAAAGGAGUCACCCUCCCAUCGAAACGAUCGACUCGAAUGAUAGAAACCGCCGUAACCUUCCCCUUUCCUAGCCAGUCGGAAUCCCCUCCGCCGCCAGCCUUUUGUGGUCCGUUUCUCUAAACCGCGCUUGCCGUGAUGUAGUAAUAUUUCCGGGUGGUAAAACAAAAAAACACGUUGAUUAAAAAGGGUGUCCGAGGA